CAACGUGACAGAUUGGACUUUGGUCAGCAGAGUAGCGGGACUGGCAUGCUGCAAUUAAACGUGACAUUGCAAGCCCUAUGCUGUAACUGCAGCAGUAUGUUUAAGGGACAACAGGAGGAGCAGAAAGAACUGACUGAGAGGAGCGAAUCUUUACCUGUGGAGUGUGAUGCUGCCACUGGGAAUCAGCAGUCCUGCCUCAAAGACCUUUACCCACUGUUGGCAGAGAUGAACUCCACUCUUAAGUCUCUGAAGGCCAGCAUGGACCAGGAACAUUUCAGGAGAAAAGAAAAACAUAACAUAGCAUUUACUGCUGCACUUGGAAACAGAGAAGAUGUUGGGCCCUUCAACACUGAUGUCCCACUGGUUUACAAAAAAGUCUUUUUGAAUGCUGGGUCAUGUUACAACGCAGGCACUGGCAUUUUCACAGCACCUGUUAAAGGAGUCUAUUUCUUCAGUUUUUCUGGACAUAACAAGACAUCCAGAGCCAUGGCUCUAAGACUCGUUAAAAAUGGAGAGUCGUUGACAGUUGUAUACAACCAUGCUCUGACUAAUGCAGGUGGCCGGUUUGAAUCAUUGUCUAAUUCAAUCACUUUAAUGCUGGAGAAAGGAGAUCAGAUCUCCAUGCAUCUCUGGGCAAAUACAUGGGUGUUUGAUAAUCAUGAUAGUCUGACUUUAUUUACUGGCCAUUUGGUGUUUCCUCUUUGACCGUCUUAUUACAGUUUUCCCUAAUUGCUUUGAGUCAAUUUGGGAAUUACCUUUUAUUUUUUCUUAAAACAAGUUUCUCCCAGAUUUGAAUAAUUGCAUGUGUUUUAGUACAUGUCUGGAAAAGAGUAACAAUCAACAAUCAAUUUUAUGGAGCUUGCCUGCCUGGAUGUCAUUUUGCGUCAAAUGUCUGUUCAAUACAGUAUAUGCUGUAUAACUUUACAUAAUAAAUGUGUAAAAAUGGACACGCAAAUGCGAAUUUCCUGUUUACAUGUAACUUUGCCACAAAAAUACAUUUAUAGUAUGCAUAAGCAAAUAAAUAAGCAAAUUCUUUUUCUGUGUACUAGUAUUGAC